ACCCGGAGGGAAAAUGUUCACACACUUGCUGGUCUGAAAGGCCUGCCCACACUCCCGAAACUGGGCAGCGGAGUGCAGCUCGGGUGCACACCCAGCGGAGAGGCUGAUCAGUGACCUCCUGCCCCGGUCUUCGGGAUAGGCUCAUUUCUGCAGACUUCGUGCAGGAGGGAGCCGGAGCAAAGAGAGUCGCACACUCUUCAGAGAUGAAACACUGACUUCUGUUUCUUUUCCUUCAGAUUUUGCGGAGAUUUCGUGUUGUUAAGCCACCGUGUGUGUUUCAGGAAGAAGUGCCCAGACCAGAGAUUUUGUCCUAUGACUUCAUGACAAAUAGUGAAAUGUCAGGUUCUUCACCAUUUAAGAUGCGAUUAGUUCAUCUGGACCUUAAAGGAGCUCCACCAAAGGUCUCCUACCUCUCUGAGGUCUUUCCUCUGUUCCAUGCCCUGGGCGCCAAUGGGCUGCUCCUUGAGUACGAAGACAUGUUUCCCUACGAGGGCCACCUGAGGCUGCUGAGGGCCAAGCACGCGUACAGCCCCCCUGAAAUCAAAGAGAUCCUGCAUCUGGCUGCACUGAAUGAGCUAGAGGUCAUCCCAUUGGUACAGACAUUCGGACACAUGGAGUUUGUGCUGAAGCACGAGGCUCUCGCUCACCUCCGAGAAGUGGCGCUCUUCCCUAACACCCUGAACCCCCAUGAGGCGGAGUCCCUGGCUCUGGUGGGAGCCAUGAUCAGCCAGGUCAUGGAGCUGCACCCGGGCGCCCGGUGGCUCCACGUCGGCUGCGACGAGGUCUAUUAUCUUGGAGAGGGUGAGGCCUCGAGACGGUGGCUGCGACAGGAGCAUAACACCAAAGCAAGACUGUGUCUGUCCCACAUGAAGGCGGUGGCCUGCCACGUGCUGGCUCGGCACCCCGCCACGACGCCACUGGUGUGGGACGACAUGCUGCGGGCCAUCCCCGAGGACCAGCUCUCAGCAUCAGGGGUGCCACAGCUGGUGGAGCCCGUGCUCUGGGACUACGGGGCCGACCUGGACAUCCACGGCAAAGCUCUCCUCAUGGAAAAGUACCGCAGGUGUGGUUUUCUCCGGCUGUGGGCCGCCAGUGCCUUCAAGGGGGCCACAGGGGCGAGCCAGGCCCUGACCCCUAUCGAGCACCACCUCAGAAACAAUGUGCAGUGGCUGCAGGUGGCGGCCAGCGGGCCCGCAGACAUGCUGCAGGGCAUCGUCCUGACCGGCUGGCAGAGGUACGAUCACUUCUCCGUGCUGUGCGAGUUGCUGCCCGUGGGAAUCCCGUCCCUGGCCGUCUGUCUGCAGUCGCUCCUACACGGAGGCUUUACCGAAGACGUUAAAGCAAGAGUGGAGAACUUUCUUGGGAUCUCAAGCCUAGAAAUAACUGAUCUUAUGAGCGAGGGGGCCGGCUCCUUCCCUGGCAGCGACAUCCUGGCCCUCAUCACGCACGUCGGCCUCCACCUGCGCAGCUCUGUGGACACGCUCCUGGAGAGGGACAGGUACGUGACCGGCUGGUUCAGCCCCUAUCACCGCGGGCAGAAGCUCAUCCACCCGGUCAUGGUCCAGCACAUCCAGCCCCAGGCGCUCAGCCUCCUGGCCAGGUGGAGCACCUUGGUGCAGGAGCUGGAGGCCGCCCUGCAUCGUGUCUUCUACCCGGACACCGUGGAGGAGUGGCUGGAGGAGAACGCGCGGCCCAGCUUGCAGCGGCUGCAGGCUUUGGUGCAGGACCUCAGGGAGGCGGCCGGCGCCAGCCCCGGCCCCAGCCCCAGCCCCAGCCCACACUCGGGUCAGGACCCCUGAGGGGAGGGGCCGAGCCUGAGCCAUCCCCUGGGGCCCCCCUAGGUCUGCCAGGCGCCUGGGACUGCCGGCCACGGGCAGCACCCACGGCGCGGACCGCCGUCGUUGGAAAGGCCAAUGGAAGGCAUGAUGUGCCGGGCCUACUUGCUAGUCUGUGUGGGAGCUUCGGCUCUUUUGAAAUAAAGGGAGUGGAAGCUAGAACUGCCAUGGGUCUGGCUGGCUGCAGUCAGGCCUGCACAGGGGUCCAAGACCCUCCUCACCCUGGGGGCCCAGCAAAGGUGGGGGGGGGG